AUGAUUAGGUUAGGUCAAAAUUUAAGAUCAAUUUCAAAAGUUAAAUUACAAAGUUUUAAUAAUUAUAAAUAUAGUAGUAGUAAUAAUAAUAAUAAUAAUAAUAAUAUAAAUAGUAAUAUAAAUAAUAUAAAAAUAAAUGAAUAUUCAAAUUUAAGAAAAAUUAUAGAAGAUGGACAAGAGAAUUCAAAUAGAUUAGAUAAAUUAAAAGAAUUAUUUCCAGAUAAAGAAGAUUUAUCAUCACCAUUAGAAUAUUUAGAUAGUGAACAGAGAUUGAAUGAAACCAAACAGAAAUUAAUCGACUUGGAGAAAUCAUUUGUAGAGGAUUUAGCAAAAUUGAAUAAAGCAAGAGUUGUUGCACAAAGUUAUUUAUUAGAUGGUGAAGAUGGAAUUGAAAAUGACACCGAUUGGAAGAGUGAUGUUAAGGAGAUUAGUGAUGAUGAAAAGAAUUUAAGAAAGAUACAAACCCUCUUGGAAUUUGAAGCCAUUGACGACGCAGUCACUCGUUAUCGUGAUUUAAUGCUUGAUAGCAAGGGUAAAUCAUUUGUGACCAGUUUUAAAUCGAUUCGUGAUGUUUUGAUGCAAUGGAAUGAAGGGUUGACAGAAAAGGUACAAAAGGAUCUUGCAACCAAGGAUCAAGAUGCAGCAUGGGUCACUAUAUUGAAGACAGUGUCUGUUCAGAAAUGCAUACUAAAAUCAUUGAAUAUCAUUGUAGGCAAAAGUGUAUUAAAAGAUAGAUACGACUUUGCGACCAAUAUCAUUAUAGAGACCAUUGGUGUAUCGGUGUAUGCAGAGUAUAAAUCGCUAAUUGUAAAGAAAAAAGAACCAAAAACCUACAAGAAAAUCUCAAAACUCAUACCAAAUUCUGCUCUUAAAAAGUUUUACAAUCUUUCCACAGACAAUCUCGAUGUGAUCGUUCUACCACCAGAAUCAAAGGACAUCUUUAGCAUUGGUGAGUUCCUUGUGAGUCAAGUAUUUAAACAUUGUACGAUUCAAGAGUCGUUGGGUGAGGAUGGCUCAAAACAAUCGCCAGCCUUCACCAUUCAAUCUCAUUAUGCCAAUGGUGUUAGAACCACAAAAGUUAUACCACACAAAAAUAUAUUCAAAUUGAUUGAAGCAGGUCAUGAAAUUAGAGAGACAGGUGGUGCACGUCUAUUCCCAAUGGUGAUUAAACCAUUGCCAUGGAUCACACCAACCGAAGGUCCAUACCUCCAUUAUAAAGUACCCAUCAUGAGAACCAAUGGCUCAGCAAUGCAAUUGAGAACACUCGUAGACUCUGAUAUGUCAUUAAUCUAUAGAGCAUUGAAUAUUCUCGGUGAAACACCAUGGGUGAUCAAUAGAGAUCUCUACAAUGUAAUCUUGGAAGCAUGGGCCAAUGGUGGUAACAUUGGUGAUAUUCCCAAGAGAACCGAUUUCGAAUAUCCAGAGAUAUCAGAUGAUAUGUUGUUUGAUCAUGAAGCUCGUAAAGAACUCUACAAAAAAGAACAAAGAAUCAAAUCGCUAAAUUUCAAUCUUCAUUCACUACGUUGUGAUACAAAUUACAAAUUGGAAGUAGCCAGAAAGUUUUUAGAUCAUACACUUUACUUUCCACACAAUAUCGAUUUCCGUGGUAGAUCAUACCCAAUUCCACCACAUUUAAAUCAUUUAGGUUCAGAUUUUUGUAGAAGUCUAUUGAAAUUUGAAAAAUCAUUGCCAUUGGGCGAGAAAGGUUUGGAAUGGUUAAAGAUACAUGUAGCAAAUCUCUAUGGUGUCGAUAAGAUUCCAUUGAAUGAAAGAUUAGCAUUCACCGAGAGAAACAUGGAAAAUAUUUUCGAUAGUGUUGAUUCACCAUUGAAUGGUAAUAAAUGGUGGUUGAAGGCCGAUAAUCCAUGGCAAACUCUUGCAGCUUGUAUGGAGCUCACCAAAGCCAUUCGUAGUGGCAAACCUGCCGAGUUCCUCUCCAAUUUACCUAUUCAUCAAGAUGGUACUUGCAAUGGUCUUCAACAUUAUGCUGCUUUGGGUGGUGAUGUUUGGGGUGCUGAAAAGGUUAAUUUACUCCCAUCCGAUUGUCCACAGGAUGUCUAUAGUAGUGUAGCACAAUUGGUGGAGCAAAUCGUAGAGGAGGACGCCAAGAAUGGCGAUGAGAUUGCUCAAUUCUUUUUAGGUAAAGUCGAUAGAAAAUUGGUGAAACAAACCGUUAUGACAAGUGUAUAUGGUGUAACCUAUAUUGGUGCUCGUGAACAAAUUGAAAAUGCAAUCCUUGAGAAAUUUAGUGAUCUCGAUUUAGACGAAGAUUUCAUAUUUAAAUCCUCUACAUACAUUACAAAAAACACCUUUGCCUCUUUGAAUAAUAUGUUUGUUGGUGCAAGAUCCAUCAUGAAGUGGAUGUCCGAUUGCGCCACACUCAUUGCAAAAUCGGGUCAUUGUGUAACUUGGAACACCCCAUUGGGUCUACCAGUUGUACAACCAUAUAAAAAAGGUGGUAAAUAUAAUAUUAGAACAUUGGAAUGUGAUUUCAUCGUAGUUCAUAAUGAUGAUUUACUUCAAGUGGAUUCAAAUCGUCAACGUUCUGCUUUCCCUCCAAAUUUCAUUCACUCUUUAGAUUCAACUCAUAUGUUUUUAACUGCUAUGACUUGUUAUGAUCAAGGUAUCACCUACUCCUCAGUACAUGAUUCCUAUUGGACUCAUGCUUCAACUGUCGAUAGAAUGAAUGAUAUCUUAAGAAAUGAAUUUGUUGAACUUCAUAAACAACCAAUUUUAGAACGUUUACUUGAAUGGUUCCAAGUUAGAUAUCCAGAUAUUAAAUUCCCUAAAUUACCAAAAAAAGGUGAAUUAGAUAUUAAUAAAGUAAAAGAAAGUAGAUAUUUUUUCCAUUAA